UCUCACGUAAAAACAGGAAGGACACAACUGCGCAUUACUGCGUCUGGAAACUGCAAAACAAAACGCUCAGCUCUUGUUUUUGUUAUUCUCCUACACAAAUAUACAACCAUACACCGAGGAUUGAGGCUUUUAUAAGCCUUGGAAUUCUCUCCAAGUUCUGAUUCAAUAGCUGGGAUGCAUAAUUUCCCUUUGAAUUUUAGCUUGUUUAAUGGCAGGUAUUGGAAAUUUCACAGUAAAAAGGAAGAUAUAUUUAUUAGACAUAGAAGUGCAUUAAGCAACCGGAGAAGAUUAUUUACGCGAUCGUAAAACUCUUCGAGAGGAGCUUGUGUUUAACGUUACAUUGUUUGGAAAUAGCGCGCCAUUUGAUCUCGAUAUUGAGUGGAGGUGUUAAACGAGUUUCUGUUGGACAAAUCGAAGUAAACGCUAUUGAACUUAUAUUGGCAACCAGCUACGUGGUAAUAAUUUUCCUUUACAUCUCAUAUUCGCAAAACUAACAUUGGUUUGGUUUUAUUAUCGUUUGUUUAUUAUAAAGUUUGACACCUAGCGGUAGCAAAGCCUUAUUGCAGUUCUGUCUUAACCAAAAUAUUUGAAAAAACCAUGAAGCUCCUGGAGAACUCAAGUUUUGAGGCCGUAAAUAGUCACCUUACAAUUGAGACGGGUGACUGCAAGAUUAUUGGACGAAUUGAAAGUUAUUCCUGUAAAAUGGCAGGCGAUGAUAAGCAGAUGUUUAAGCAGUUUUGUCAGGAGGGACAGCCGCACGUCCUGGAAGCCUUGUCUCCUCCGCAGAGCUCUGGAAUCAGUCCCAACAAAUUGAGUCAGAGUUUGGAUGAGGGUGAAGGUCCGCUGUCAGACAAGUGCAGCAGAAAGACCCUUUUCUACCUGAUCGCAACGCUCAAUGAGUCCUUCCGGCCGGACUAUGACUUCAGUCGCACCAAAGGACAUGAUUUCAGCAAAGAGCCCAGUGUUAACUGGGUGGUUAACGCUGUAAACAGCAGUUUGUCUCCUGCUGCCGGUGAGGCCUAUAGUCACCUGCAGCCUCAGUUAUGGGAAGCUUUAGACAACGAGAUCUGCCUUGCUGAAUGCGACAUAUACAGUUACAAUCCAGACCUGGAUUCAGAUCCUUAUGGGGAAGAAGGCAACAUGUGGUCUUUCAAUUACUUCUUUUAUAACAAAAGACUGAAGAGGAUUGUGUUUUUUACAUGUCGUUCUGUCAGUCUUUUCAUGGCUCCACGAGAUUCUGGUAUCGGCACCGAACUUGAUCUGGAGCUGGAUGAGGGCAGCUAUGAGGAAGAGGAGAACAUGGAUGAGGAGAGGUAUGGUGCUCUGUGUGCCUGAUAAUGGGAUCCCUCAGUCCUGUCCCCUGAAGCCAGCAUCUUCUUGCCUGAGUUUUAAUCCCUAUUAUUUUCAUCUGCUGUGUUUAUUUUUAUAUUGUUGUUUUUUGUUAGAAAUGAGAGAUUUGUACUACUCAUUGCACUUUAACUAUUACUGUUUAUCACAUAGCUAUUUUGUGUGUACUUCACAAAAAGAUUCAUUAGGACUUUCCAAUGACAUUUUCUGCGCUGGCCUAUGAGGAAACAAAACUGAUGUGAUAUUUUUUAAAUCUCUAAUUUUUUUAAAUGCAGUUUGAAGUACAGAGUCUAGUUUCUAUCUCUUUCCCUUCUUUUUCAAGCUUCAUAAAAGGCACACAUAAAAGUAUUUCCACUAGGUGGCACCUUUCAACAUUUCAUUAUUCUGCCAUGUUUCAGGAUUUUACUUUUCACAGAUGUGUUCAGUAAAGAGGCAUUUGAAGUAUAAACGGGAAAGGAAAUUAAGGGAGAUACGUUUCAUAGUUCACAUAUAUACAUUUGAUUUAUUGAAUUUUCAUUGAUAUCCGCUCACCUCACAGCCACACUUAAUACUCAUUUUAAACAGAGACAAUUUCAAUGCAAAGUAUAGAAAGACUUGAAACAAAACAUGUUUAAGGUAUAAACAGCAAAGAUUAACUGAGAGAAAGUUAGUUGGACUUGCUACAAUCUGUUAUUGUAGAUUAGCUCCCUAUUUUAAGUUUUGUCCCAAAAAUAUUAAGAAAAGUGACGGGUAAGUUAGUCAAUUUUAUCUUUAUGGACAUGGUGGAGCUAUUUUUUAAGUUUUGUAUGGUCUUUAUCGUUGUAACUGGUUUUUAUUUCCAUUGUCAUUGAUUUUAUUUGUGAUCUGUAUAAAGUGAAGUAAACAUUGUAACUGCUUUCUUUCACUAAGACCUGUUUGUGUCAUUGGAUCAUUGUCUAAAAUCAUAUUUUGUUGCCUCUGUCACAAAGUUCGGCUGAAGAUAUUUGAAGUGAUUGAAUUAUCUAGAAAUAAGGUUUUACAUUCCCGAAGUACAUUUUGUUACAAAAAUGUCAGAAAUCUCCUGUCACGCUAAACAUCGCCAUAUGUGAAAGACUUGGUGAAAUUACUCUUAAUUCCUUGUGUUUUAGACUUGACUGAGAUGCAUCAAUGUUUGUCAUUUUUGACGCCUUUGUUUGUAGUAGAGUUGUGCAUGUAUCGGUAUAAGAACAGGAUAUGAGCGGAGAGACAUAAAAAGAAAGACGGUCUCUAGUGUUUUUUCUUUAAACCGAUUUCUACAUGGUUUCAUCACUAAAAGAUGCCAGUUGCGUAUUAAUUCUAUCAAUGCAUACACAUUUUCUUGGCAGCUUAAAUUCUUGAUCAUUUACAAAGCCUUUUCAUUAUUUUUCGAAAUGCUGUUAAAUAAACAUCUACUGACUUAA